GUUCUGUUUAGUUUUUAAGCUUCAGAGUCAAACUAGCCUUCAUUUUCAAGUAGAAAUUUAAAUGAAAUUCUUUUGAUAGCCCUUCUUUUUCACAACAUUCAGAAAAUUGGGGGAUGGUGUCUAUGAUACCUUCAUGAUGAUAGAUGAAACCAAAUGCCCACCCUGUUCAAAUGUUCUCUGCAAUGCUUCUGAACCACCUCUACCUAGAAGACUAAAUAUCACCACUGAGCAGUUAACAAGGGAUAAUACUCAGCGCUUUCUGAAUGGGGGUGAAAUGAAGGUAGAACAGCUAUUUCAAGAAUUUGGCAACAGAAGAUCUGAUGCUUUUCAGUGCGAUGGCAUCAAUGACUCUGAAAAAUGCUCUCCUACAGUUUCUCAGGGUAAAAGUUCAGAUAGCCUGAAUACAGUGAAAUCCAGCAGCUCACCCAAAGCAUCCAAAGUGGUGCCUCUGACCCCAGAACAAGCCCUGAAGCAGUAUAAACACCACCUCACUGCUUAUGAGAAGCUGGAAAUCUUCAAUUACCCAGAAAUUUACUUUGUGGGACCAAAUGCCAAAAAAAGACAUGGAGUUUUUGGUGGUCCCAAUAAUGGGGGGUAUGAUGAUGCAGAAGGGGCCUAUAUUCAUGUACCUCGAGACCACCUCGCUUAUCGAUAUGAGGUGCUGAAAAUUAUAGGCAAGGGGAGUUUUGGGCAGGUAGCCCGGGUCUACGAUCACAAGCUUCGACAGUACGUGGCUCUCAAGAUGGUGCGCAAUGAAAAGCGCUUCCAUCGUCAAGCAGCUGAGGAGAUCCGGAUAUUGGAGCAUCUUCGGAAGCAGGAUAAAACUGGGAGCAUGAAUGUCAUCCACAUGCUGGAAAGUUUCACAUUCCGGAACCAUGUCUGCAUGGCCUUUGAAUUGCUGAGUAUAGACCUUUAUGAACUGAUUAAAAAAAACAAGUUUCAGGGUUUUAGCGUCCAGUUAGUACGAAAGUUUGCUCAAUCCAUUUUGCAAUCCUUGGAUGCUCUCCACAAAAAUAAGAUCAUUCACUGUGACCUGAAACCAGAAAAUAUUCUCCUGAAACACCACGGGCGCAGUGCAACCAAGGUCAUUGACUUUGGGUCCAGCUGUUUUGAAUACCAGAAGCUUUACACGUAUAUCCAGUCUCGGUUCUACAGAGCUCCGGAGAUCAUCCUGGGAGGCCGCUACAGCACGCCCAUCGACAUAUGGAGCUUUGGCUGCAUCCUUGCAGAACUUUUAACAGGACAGCCUCUCUUCCCUGGGGAGGAUGAAGGAGACCAGUUGGCCUGUAUGAUGGAGCUCCUAGGGAUGCCACCGCCCAAACUCCUGGAGCAGUCCAAACGUGCCAAGUACUUUAUUAACUCCAAGGGCCUACCUCGCUACUGUUCUGUGACUACUCAGGCAGAUGGGAGGGUUGUGCUUGUGGGGGGUCGCUCACGUAGGGGUAAAAAGCGGGGUCCCCCAGGCAGCAAAGACUGGGUGACAGCCCUGAAAGGGUGUGAUGACUACUUGUUUAUAGAGUUUUUGAAAAGGUGUCUUCACUGGGACCCCUCUGCCCGCCUGACCCCAGCUCAAGCAUUAAGACACCCUUGGAUUAGCAAGUCUGUGCCCAGACCUGUCACCAUGGAGAAGGUGUCAGGCAAACGGGUAGUAAAUCCCGCAAAUGCGUUCCAGGGGCUGGGUUCCAAGCUGCCUCCAGUUGUUGGCAUAGCCAAUAAGCUUAAAGCUAACUUAAUGUCAGAAACCAAUGGUGGUAUACCUCUGUGCAGUGUGUUGCCAAAACUGAUUAGCUAAUGGACAGUGAUAAGCUCAGAGAUACAUAUGUAUGUAUUUUUAUCUUGCAAACCUGAAAAUGGAAAAAAACCCACAAGCCAUUGGUGGAUAUGUUUUUGUUAGACUAGAUUUCUUUUUUUAAACAAGGCAAAACAUUUUUAUAUAACUGUAAAAAGAACUCUUCAAGGGCUAAUUACCUAACCAGCUUGUAUUGGCCAUCCUGGAAUAUACAUUAAAUGACUUUUUAUAGGUCAGUGCAUCUUCAUUAUUACUGUCAGAUGUACAUCAACCUGUGUGUCAUUAUAUUGGUUUAAAUCCUUUUCUCUUUCAAGAUAGAAAGUAUACCAAAAGGUCUAUUCUGAUCAUUCCUCACUUCUAGUCUCCCUGAGCAUCUUUCCAGAGGGGUAAAUUUGGGACAUGGCCGCAGUGUGGAGGAGAGCCAAAGCCAGAUCUCUUGCCCCAGCAGGCCGUUCUGUGGGUUCAUUCCAGGUGAAAGGGCAGAGUACAGGGUGGAGGAAGCUCCAGGCCGCUGUUGGUUACCUGGGGAGCUGGUGUUCCUGCUUCUCAAUGACUCAUUUCUCUUCCCUUCGAGUCUGUGAUGCGCAGUGAUUUUAUUUUAUUUUAUUUGCCUCUGAUUUGUUUCCUGGGCACUCAAAGCAUUUUACAGACAUCUUACUACUUUAUCAAGUACUGGUAUUAAAAUGGAGUUAGCCCGGCUCAUGUGGCUCAGUGGUUGAGCAUCAACCCAUGCACUAAGAGGUUGCC